GCAGCAGUGGCAGAAGAAGCGGUGCGGGGGAACGGCGGCGCCCGCGCCCGCGCCCGCCGCCGAGGCCUCCGCCAUCUUCUCCCGUGCCCGUCCGGCCGGCCGCCCUCCCGCCCGCUGCCACAGCCCGGUCCUCCUCCUCCUCCUCCUCCUCCUCCUCCCCAGCCGGAGCCGGCAGCACCAGCAGCCCGCGUCACGUGACUCCGCCGGGACACCAGCGAGACGGACGCGCCGGCGGCGGCCAAACCGCUCCCCAAGUCCACGACCAACGAGGCGAGGGAAAGAGAGGCCCUUCCGGCGCGGCCAGGAGAGCGGCGCCUCCCGCUAACCCCCGAGUCCGACGGCUCCCAAACGUCAGUCCUCCUGCGGGCCAGCGAGAGUGAGGGAUGCUUCUGCCCGGAAAUCGCGAAGUACAGGGAGGGCGUGUAGAGUGGCAUUCUCUUUAUCCCUUCCUGCGCAGCCCCCGCCCUCAGGAGCGGAAAUAAACCCUGCGGCCCCAGAAGACGACCCGGAAGGAGUUGUGCGCAGUGCGGAAGAGCUCUGCUCGGGUGGUCUCCGGCACGCACGGUCCCGGAGUGAUACGGGUCCAGUUUCCUAGUACUGGGACUUCAUAACACAAUGACUCAAGCAGAAAUUAAACUAUGUUCCUUGUUGCUCCAAGAACAUUUUGGAGAGAUAGUGGAUAAAAUUGGAACUCAUCUUAUCAGAACAGGCAGCCAACCAUUGAGAGCAAUUGUCCAUGACACAGGGACAUCACUAGAUCAGGUGAAAAAAGCCCUGUGUGUCCUUAUCCAACAUAACCUGGUAACAUACCAGAUACACAAACGGGGGAUUGUGGAAUAUGAAGCCCACUGCAGCCGGAUUCUGCGCAUCCUACGGUAUCCCCGCUACAUAUAUACAGCCAAGACUUUGUACAGUGACACAGGAGAACUGAUCGUUGAGGAACUCCUGCUCAACGGGAAGAUGACCAUGUCGGCCGUGGUGAAGAAGGUAGCUGACCGACUCACCGAGACCAUGGAGGAUGGGAAAACCAUGGACUACUCCGAGGUAUCCAGCACAUUUUGCCGUUUAGCAGACACACACUUUGUACAACGAUGCCCCCUCGUUCCUGAUCCCCCACAAAGUGCUGACGCUCAGCCGCCGCCACCCGCCCCGACACUUAGCAUUAACGAGAAGGACAUGUACCUGGUUCCCAAACUGAACCUUAUAGGAAAAGGAAAGAGGAGGCGAUCAUCUGAAGAGGAUGCAGCCGGGGAGCCAAGGCCUAAGCGGCCCAAACAAACAGCAGAGAGCAGAGAGCCCAUUCCAGAUGAUGGCAUUUACUGGCAGGCCAACCUUGACAGAUUCCACCAGCACUUCCGUGACCAGUCUAUCGUGAGCGCAGUAGCCAACAGAAUGGAUCAGACCAGCAGUGAGAUUGUUCGGACCAUGCUCCGGAUGAGUGAAAUCACCACUUCCUCCUGUGCUCCCUUUACCCAGCCCCUGUCUUCAAAUGAGAUCUUCAGAUCUCUCCCUGUUGGAUAUAACAUCUCCAAGCAAGUUCUUGAUCAGUAUCUGACCCUUCUGGCAGAUGACCCACUGGAGUUUGUUGGGAAAUCAGGUGACAGCGGUGGAGGAAUGUAUGUCAUCAACCUCCACAAGGCAUUGGCAUCACUGGCUGUGGCAACGCUGGAAUCCAUAGUGCAGGAAAGGUUUGGGUCUCGCUGUGCUAGGAUAUUCAGGCUGGUUUUGCGGAAAAAGCACCUGGAGCAGAAACAGGUGGAAGACUUUGCCAUGAUUCCUGCUAAGGAAGCCAAGGACAUGUUGUAUAAGUUGCUGUCAGAAAACCUUAUCUCCUUACAGGAGAUCCCUAAAACCCCCGACCAUGCGCCCUCUCGGACCUUUUACCUGUACACGGUGAAUUCCCUCUCCGCUGCCCGCAUGCUGCUGCGUCGCUGCUACAAGAGCAUCGCAAACUUGAUAGAAAGGCGGCAGUUUGAGACCAAAGAGAACAAGCGAUUGCUGGAGAAGUCCCAGCGGGUGGAAGCUAUCCUUGCCUCCAUGCAGGCCACGGGAGCCGAAGAGGCCCAGCUGCAGGAGAUUGAGGAGAUGAUCACGGCUCCUGAACGCCAGCAGCUGGAGAGCCUGAAACGCAAUGUCAACAAGUUGGAUGCCAGCGAGAUCCAAGUGGAUGAAACCAUCUUUGUUCUGGAGUCAUACACAGAGAGUACCAUGAAAAGAGCCUGACUCAAGGGGAAGUCGUUAUUUGGAGGAGAAUGGGGGGGAGAAUAAAAGGUGUCCGCUCUCUGCUCUUCCUGUAGGAUGCAGAACUGA